AUAAAAAAACUAUCAUAAAAUCUUGUGUUAUAUAUACCCACAUUUGCCUUGCAUUGUUCUUCAUCACAUCACUCACUUUUACUAUCUCUUUCAACAUAUAUUUCUUGCAUAUUGAGAAAUAUUAUUGUUUACUUAAUACAAAGAAAAAUUAUGGAUGCGUUGCAGUCUUGGGUUUCUGAGCACAAGCUUACUAGCAUUGGAGCGAUUUGGGCAUCAGCAAUUGGAGCAUCAGUAGCUUUUAAUUCGCGCUCAAAAUCAUCCCUGAAGCCAAGUCUCAGACUUAUUCAUGCUAGGAUGCAUGCUCAAGCCUUGACAUUAGCAGUGUUAUCAGGAGCAGCAGUGUACCAUUACUAUGAGAAACAAUCCCAAAAACCACACAAUUAAGAUAUGAUGACGAAAUUUAAUCAUUUUCAUAAGCAAAUAUGAUGGAUGAACAUGAUUAAUUUACUAAUUACUAGUUACUGCUACUUAUUAUUAUUAAUUAAAUGAUGCAUUAUCAUUAAGAGUUUAAUGUUCUAUUUUGUUUUUUCUAUGUACUUCUACUAAUUAGCUUUAUGAAUUAUGCCUAGUUUACUUUACUCUUCCUAUGCGUACAUAUCCAACAAAAUUUAUCUGAAUAAAAUUUUGUUUUCUUGCUUAAUUUUGUCAGAUUAGAGUUGUUUAAAUUGAAAUCCUGAUGAAAAUUGAAUUUUGUUUUAAUUGCUUAAUUUUGUUUUUUCUUUAUUGUUUCUAUAAGUUUGAUUCUCAUCUAUCUUCUUCACUUCUCAGCCUACCAUGCUCCUUAUAUAAGGAUUAAAUAGUCAAACUAUUACAUUUUUAUUUAUUUAUUACGUCUUUACAUGUGUAUGUUGGGUAAAUUUGAGUCAAAUAAACAAAAUUAUAUAAAAUAUUCUUAAACUAAGUAUUGGGGAAACUUAUUUCCCAAAAUAAGCACUAAAUUCCAAAAGCUAUGGUUUGGUUCUCUUCGAUGUUGCUAAUAGCGAAUAAAGAACAAGGUCAAUAAAAGUCAAACACUUUGUUUGCUAUUAGUAACAGUGAACAAAAAUGCUGGUCAAUUGACGUCAACGUCUUUAUUCCCACUUAGUAAGUGGAAACAAAGAUGUUUGACUUUUUUUGACCACAUCUUUGUUCGCAGUUACUAACUGCAAAGAUGGGUUUUAUAAAUUAUUCCUGAAUCUUUUUAAUUCAUUUCCCCCAAGAUCAAACAAGGUAACCUUUGUUGGCUGUUACUAACAGUGAACAAAGGUUUGACCUUGUUUGACCAGGACUUCCUUUGUUCGCUGUUAGUUUUGGACUUUUUUUUACCAUAGAGCUUUAUUCGCUGUUACUAACAACGUACAAAUCCAAACCUCAACUCUGGAAAUUUCGUACUUAUUUCAGGAAUUAAGUUUCGCCCAUAUCUAAUUUAAGAAUUUUUUAUAUAAAUUUUCUUAUUUAGUUCAAAUUUUUGGGAAGUUGAAGGGCACCUAGGUCCACUCCUACCAAGGGUUGGUGCCAACUACAUGAGAUCAAUGUCCUUCCCUAGAAAAAUAGAAAACAACUACUCUUGUGAGAGAUCGUUUCUCUGAUAGACGACCUCAAAACAUGAAGCGCACAUUCUUAUUUUCUCUUUAAGUUGUAUUGAUUGAGCUAUUUAGCCUAUAAAUGUAAUACGUCUUUCGAAGAGACCAUCUCUCACAACAAUUUGUGAUUACAAAAUUGAAAUGUUUGGACUUCUUUCAGCCCAUACGUUACGACUAGCAGUAUUUGUAUGUGCGGUCCAUCCAAUAACACGUUAAGCCUAAUUUUUCAGAUUAAGAUGAUCAUCUUUCUUGUAAGACAUACUUUUAACUACCGAGGUCUUAACAUUAAUGAAAGUCAAAGUGAUAUUUACAAAUAGUAAAAACGUCAAAAUAUAAUAAAUAAAUAAAAAGUUACUUUUUUGUGAGAGACCGUCUAAAUAAUAUGACAAUAAAGUAAUAUUUUAAUGAAAGUCAAUGACCACAUGUAAAGACAUUGCGUCUAAAAAAUUAUUGAAUUUCUGAUACGUUUUUAUGAUAAGUUUGUACAUAUAUUUGCAUUGGAUUGUUUCUAUAUCUAUUCGUUUUUACAAAUUUCACCGAGAGAUGCAUUUUAUAUAGGAGUUGAAUUAGUCAUCUAAUACUUAUUAUGAGAAUAUAAACUCAUUAUUAGGGUUGUCUUAUCAAGAGACAAUCUCUUAUGAGAAUAAUUUAUUUGUCUUUCAUACUUCAUAUGAACCUCUCAUUAUAUACUCUCAUAGAAAUUACAUCUAUUUGAUCUAACAAAAACCAACAUAUUUUUGUCGAAAAACAUAUAGUACAUUGAAUACAUAAUAAAAGAUAAUUUUAGUUUGUUUUGAUUCUUCUUGAUGUUUAUUUUUUUGAAGAAUAAGAUUUUUGUAUUAUCCAAACAAAAAAUAGGAUACAAGGGACCUAAGACCCUAAGAUUUUCAGCUUAGCUCCCUAAAGUUGCAUCAGUGUGAACACAGUGCCCACCUUCUAGGAAGGGUUUCAAAGCGUCACUCUUUAUGUGCACGGGGGAUAAGCGAGAAACCUAAAACAAAUGGCUAUACAAGGAAUUAACCAUUCACAAACCAAGCUUUGUCAAUAGGACAUGCCCUACUUCACAGGACAACAAAAAAAGAAACAAAACUAGCCUAUCAAAUAUUAAGAACCAACCCUACAUGAAAAGACAUCACGGCCUGAGACAGUAGAGAUGGAAACUGGCAUGAAGGAUCAGAUAGGUAGUGCUGGAGGCUAUAACAACCUAUAAAUGAGGACCUAGGAAGGAACAAAGUCGAGGCCUAAGACAACAGCUGUCAUGAGGACAAUCGCACUGGAAACUGAAAGCUGAAGCAGCAUCUAAGUACAAACACCGUCGACAGAGACUAAAGUUGUAAAGAAGCUUCAAGUUGAUUCACGUCUCAAGGAUGCUAAGAAUUUGAAUCUGGUCUCCGAAGCGUCCUUGACGUUGCCUACCACUUGGUUCACCAUUGGUACCGUGUUGUUCCACGUGGCGUCAUUCCUGGCGCUCCAAAUUGCAUAGAUGAAGUUGCAAAGGAUGGCAUCAUGAUGCUUUCUCUUAAGGCGGCCCAGAUGGGUUCUCCUGAGGGUAUCUUCCUGUGUAUCUAUUUUUCUAUUGGUCCCAAUUCAUUCUUUCAUUAUAUCUACGCACUUCUAACUAAAGGCGCAUUGGAAAAAUAGAUGGUUCACUGUUUCACUUUCCAGACCGCAAAUUGGGCAUGUGUCAAUAUCGACGACUCCAGCAAGCUUAAGGCGAUGUUUUGUUUUCAGACGAUUGUUGAACGCGAACCAUGCUAUGAAUCUGCUUCUAGGGGUAGCAAUCCUGCUCCAUACUAUGUUGUUCCACCUGACUCUUUCUUCUCCUCCCUUGAGGUCGUUGUAUUCUUAGCCAUGUUUGCUGCUUCUGUAUUCUUAAACCGUGCUUUACAUGCCUCCUUAACCAACUUGAGAUUAUGAUCGAGGUGAUUUGAGUUCCCACACGGGCGAGUGUGCCAUGCUUCUCAGAUGGUUACAAUGAAAUCCUUGUGUUUUCCCCAGUGAUUGAAGAGCUUAAAAGGUUUUGUACGUUUAGCGGGCUCUAGGAAUUGAACCAGCAUUGGUGUGUGGUCGAUGUCUCCUUCCGGAAGAAAGCAGACCUCAGUUGUGGGAAAUGAGCUCUCCCAUAUUGGGUUUCCCAUCACUCUGUCGAUAUUGCUUAGCACCCUGACGUCCCCUCUUUGCUUGUUAGACCAAGUAAAAAAUCUCCCGGUACUUUUCAAGUCAUGAAUCUCACAAUUCCCCAUGCAUUGUCGAAGAUGCUUUAUUUCAUGGAGGCGUGGUUUUUGACCUAUCCUCUCAUUUAGAUUGGCUAUGUAGUUGAAAUCUCCUAGGACUAUCCAAAGCCCUAUUACAGUUGCACCUAUAGUCUCGAGCUUAGAAAGCAUAAUACUCCUCUCUUUCUUAUCUGUUGCACCAUACACAAAGGAGCAUGUAAAACUAUCACUUGCAUAUGGGCUGACAACUAGAUCUUGGCUGCUAACGAACCGUAUGUCUAGUUUCAUUUCCUUGGCUUUCCAGGCUACUAUGGUCCUACCUCCCUUGUUAUGAGCUAGGUUGUGCGUGAUACACCAAGACAGGAAGAUUCUUUAGUAAAGGGCACAUGUUCCUUGCCGUUUUACUUUCGUUUCCAGGAGACUAAAUAGGCUUACAUUAUGGUUGGAAAUGAAACGGGCCACUUCAGCUUGUUUAUUAACCUUACUUAGCCCCCUGACAUUCCAAGUGAGGAUGUUAUUUAUGAUCCUAGAUGGGGUAAGCCCCCAGCGCUUUGAUAGGUAGGAUCUUGUUAUGAGAUCUCUUGGAAGAUUGGUUUUCUAUGGUGGAGUCGGAGAGCAUAGUGUAGAAAUUAGAUAUUGGGACUUGGCCACUAUAUUCAUUGUGUUGGCCUUUCCAAUUCACCCUUAUCUGUUGCGUUGCUUCAUGUGGCUCACUACUGGAUUCAAGGAGUAUAGUGCACUGACUCCCCGAUUGGACUGGUGGUUGUAUCAUCGUGCCUUCACCUGCCCCUCUGUUAUCUUGUUCUUUUGUGUGAGCAAUCUAGCUACCUUUUAUUCACCCAUACUCUCCUAGGUUUUUUCUUAGGUUGUUGGUUCAAGGUUUUCUGGGUUCGACAAACACCUGGUCGAUGGCCAAGUUGCUGACAUUGGUGGCACCAGUUGGGUUUCCAGUCAUAUUGUAUGGUUUGUUUAACCAGUUCAUCAUAUUCAUUUUUGAAGAACACCUCAUCCGGUAGACGAUUUCUUAUGUCCAUAUCUACCAGGGCUCUAGCAUACAUUAACCUAUCCUUAUUCUUGGUAGCAUUGUCUACUUUAAGAACAUUACCCAAAAGCCCAACAAUCUUCCUGAUACAUCUUUCACCCCAAUAUUCCAUUUCUAGGGCUGGUAAGUGAUAGAGCAAAUUUUAAUAACUGCAAGCGCACAAUUGACGUGCAGUUGCGGGUCGAACACAAGGAGACGAGUUAAUCAAUUUGUUUUUUUUAUGACUACAAGACAUGAAUCAAGAAAUAAUGUGGUCGAGAAACUAGUACUAUGAUGCAAAAAUUAAAAUUAAACAAUGAUCAAUAUGAAGAUGAAUAUGAUAUGAAAAGCUCUAGGUUGUCAAACAACACCUAAUUUUAACAUGGGAAUCGAUCACUCUCAUGAUUAUAUGAGGUUGAGUCAUUAGCAUAAUUAAAUGUGAUCUAAUUAAUCUCAAGCUUUCGCUCUAUUGAUUAAUAUCGAUUUAAGGCCAAACUAGUGUUAAUCCUCAAACUUCCAUUUUAUUGGCUAAACUAGUGGAAAUUUAAGUUAAAUAUAUCUCGAUCAUAAAUUAGUCCUAAUCUCAAACUUCCCUUUUAUUGAAAAGGUUAAUAAAGAUGUUUAAACCGAGGUUCAUUAAGCUUAGAUUUAAUUAUAGACCCAAGUUUCACACAAUCAAUCGAUAAAAUGUUAUCCCAUGCUUCGAAUUAGGGAUUAUACCCUAACCCUAAAGAAGAAGAUUACUCACUAAACAUGAUGGUAAAUAUGUAAUUCAUAAUAAAUGAUGGCUUAAUAGAAACGCUAAACAUGAAACGAUGAAUGAUUUUAAUGCAAGAGAUAAAUAAUAAAGCGAUUAACAGAGAGAGCUUACUAAUUAUGAAGAACGAAAAUGUAAAUUGCAAGAGGAAAUAAUGUAACAACGAAAAUUUUCAACCAAAGCUUAAAAACAAAAAUAAAUCUCUGUAUAAUUAAUAAAAUAAAAAUUACCUAAAACUGAUCGAAAACUAACUUAAAAUAAUAAAACAACUGUUGUAAUAACAAAUGGCAGCAAAAAUAACCGCUCGAAUGACUGGUGACGACUCGUGACAUCAUAGGCGAUGAGUCGUCGCUUUGCUACUGCCUGGAUCAUGUGACUUCAGUGAGUUGGCGACGAGUCGUGGCAAUAUUGGGGAAGAGUCGUCGCUCAGUCUCUGGACUUCAUUAUUCAGAUCAGAAUGUAUCCGACAAGUCGUGGCACAGGAGCGACGAGUCGUGGCUUUAGCACUGGACUAUAAUGCUGACGAGUCGUGGCAUCUGGAGCGACGACUCGUCGCUUUUGUUUUGGACUGCAGUGUUGAGCGACGAGUCGUGGCUUUUUGGCAUGGUUUAGCUACCACUCGUUUCUUCCCUUUCAAGCUUGUUUGGCUCGAUCUCUUCCCUUCUUUUAGGGAUCUUAAGCCAUUUCUCCAGGCCUUCACCCUCUUAUCACUCCCGGGACCUAAUAAAACUUCGAUUCCGCCUCAAAAAUUUACAUAAAACACAUUAUUGAGCAUAUGAAACGAAAAUGUCAAAUAUCACCUACAAUACUACCUAAAACUCACUAAGACAUCACAUAAGGAGUAUGAAAUUAACACAAAUGAGUGCAAAUAAUUACACUCAUCAGUAAGUGUACCCAUAUUGGGAUGGUGGAUGGGUUUUCUUUUUCCAUUGACAUCUUGACUUUCCAUGGCUUGAUGAUGAAAGGCUUCUUGUCAAAGAGGAUACCACUCAUCUCACAAGCUUUGUCUCUAGCUAGUUUAUCAUUCAAUCUCACAAUGAAGACACCCUUCCUAACCAUACCAACUUUCUCCACAUCAAGGUCUUUCCAUAUUCGUUUCACAUACCCAUUGAUAACAUGUAAUGGGGGAUUGACUCCUAUGACAUAGCAUACUACUGCAGACUCCCAAUAUUUGACAUCAUCAUCAAUAUCCUCAAAGGUGAUUUAAUAGUGUUAGGGACCAUACGUUGAGGAUGCACACAUUUUCCUUACUCUGGUGCUGAAAACGACACUUGUUGUUGCCCCACUUCAUGUUGCUUAUUGGUCUGGUUCAUCUGAGCUUGAGGCUGCACUAAAUUCCCGUGUCUGGAGCUGAAUUCGACAAAUGCUAUUGUCCCUCUUCAUGGGUCUGGUUCACCUGAGCUGCGGCCAACCUAUGGUCAACCUUUGAUGAGCUUUGAACAGUUGAUGUCCAGCUCUGUUUCAAAGUAUCAGGUGAUGGUGUUGGGUUCGUUUUCCCUAAUUCAUGCGAAUUAGGGUUUGCUUCUUCCUUCUCCAUCGCUGAUCUGCUGUCAUUGCUACACGGUGUUGACGAUUCACCGGUUAAUUGUGGUGGUUUAACAAGCUUGCCGCCUCCUUCCUCGGCCUACCUCGCCCCUUAGCUAUGGCGAGUUCGCCCAUACUGGAUGAGGAACCAGGUGCGCCGUAAAGAGAGAGGGAGGGGAAAGCGUGUUCUUUUUUAUUACUAAUAUUAAGUUUUAUAAGUUUAGUUAUACAUAAUUAGAAAUAUUAAGAAGUGAAUUAGGGCAGCAGCGUAUAUACAAAAUCAAAAUGUAAUAUCUAAUUAGAAUAAGAGGGAAGAGUUUAGGCUCUAAGGGUCCAAUAUAGGGUAUAAUUUCAAGAUUCAUAUAAUCCUGAUAUGCAAUUACAAGUCGACUUUUUGCAUGCUAAAGCCUCUUGAUUAAAUUGGGCUCUUGAAACUUGAUCUAGCCCAAAAGCUAUAUUUGUUCUUGUUUCGUAUUUGAAUUUCACAAAAAUUUGGAUAAGAUGGUCUCAUCAUGAGACCGUUAAUUUGGGCUGGUUCAAUUUACGCGUAUAACAACAUUUUAUUUUUUAGGCAUUUAUCAAUUUUGAUCUUAAAGGUAUCAAUUUUGAAAAUUGAUACCUUUAAGAUCAAAAUUGAUACCUUUAAGAUUAAAAUUGAAAAAUGCCCAAAAAUUAAAAAAUGCCCAAAGAAUGAAAAAAUGCUCAGAUUUUUGACGAAUUGGGCCGAUCUAAAUUGACGGUCUCAUUAUGAGGCCGUCUCAUCCAAAAUCAGUUGUUUGAAUUUUUGGCGAGCUUAGCCAUAAAACAUCUUUAGUAAUGUCAUUUAAAUCAGCUAAAAAGUAAAGUUACAAGUAAAUUUUUUUUCUAUGGACAGCUUUUUUCAAAAGGUAAAGGUAGAGGACAAACCAUACCUGCUCCCCUAAAGAAGGGUGUAAAGAGGAUGCACGCAGUCAAGAAACCCCUCAAUUGAUACCUGCGCCCCAUAGGGGUUUAAUCCCAAACCUUCUGCUCAACAUGCAGAUACUCUAUUCAUUGAGCCACAAACGCUCUUGGUUAUAGACAACUUUUUUCAAUGAGUUUUAAUUUAAACCCACUAGAUUUCUAUUUAACAUCCAACAAUAAAUAACCAUUGAACUACUUUUGUGAGAGAUCGUCUCUUGAUCUGACGAUCUCAAUGUAAAAAGCUCAUAGUCUAAUAUUAUAUUAGUUGGACUAUUCUAUCCAUAUAUAUGAAGAACGUCUCACGGUGAUACUCACACAAUAAUAUGUGAAAACCGUAACUAAAUGUUUUCUUUAGCAACUUUGUAUACAACUAAUUUUUCAACCAGCAAAAAAUAGACAAUGCUACCAAGUGGGUUAAGCAAGCCAAUUAAAACAACCUAAAACUAACAAUUAUUCCUUUAUUACUUUUUAUUUUAAUUUGUCUUAUAAUUUUGCACUAUUUUCUUUUUUUUAAUUAUGGUGUUACUCUCAUUAUUUUAAUUUCAUUCAUAAAUUUUUACUCUCUUUAUCUUAACCACUCAUUUAUAUUAUCUACUUGUUUUUAUUUUAUUUUCCAACCUAAUUUCUUUUUCUACUAAAUUUCACUAGCUGCAAAAUAAGAGGGCAAAAGUGAGUAAUUAUAAAAUAUCUCAUCAUAUAUUUUAUUUGAAAUAUAUUCCAAUAAAAAAUUAAUUAAAAAAUCUUUUAAGGUUAAUGAUCUAUAUAUUUCUUAAUCACUAGAUGGGAUUUAAUUAUGUAUGAGAAAAAAUAUUGAAAAAAGUGUUCAAGUAGAUUAUGAGAGUUGUAUUGAAAAAGAAAAGAAUGGAAGAAAACGAAAGAGAAGGUGUGAGUUUGAUGAUUAGACCGUUAGACGUGCUAACCUUAACGCAUUUCUGCUGUUUGUAAGGUUGGAAAGUCACUUUCUUUUUCCUAACUUUAUGAUUCUUUUCUAAGUUAGCCACCUUUUCUAUUUUAUGCUUAACAACUCUUCUAUGACCAUUAUACCCUCCAUUUACUUGCUAAUUUAUGAGGCCCACUAAUAUUUUUAAGACUUAAUUCACUUGUUAAACUAGAUCUACUUUGUGUGAGAUUUUCUUUUUUAAGACGGUCACCAGAUAAAAAAUUUAUAUAUUAAUAAUUUAUAUUAUUAGAGUUAUUUAACCCAUAUAAGACACGUCUCACGGUAAGACUGUCCUAGAAAAUUAUUGAGUUACGUGAGAAUCUAACCCAAAAGUUUUUUCUCAAGAAGCAACAUGUAUUCCAAUUAAAAUAAAAUCUGAUUUUUAACUAUCAAUCUAAUAAUAGUUAGAACAAUAAUACUUCUAUAUAGCUAUAAAAAUGUUAUAAUUAUGAGGCUAUUAAUAUUUUUAUAGAUUGAGGGUUAUUUCAGUUGGAGCAUAUCUAACCGUACAAUUUGAGUGUUUGUAACAAAAUUAGUAAUAAAAAUAAUUAUUGCAUGAUGUUGAUAAUAUUUGAUAGUAAACACACAAGUAAUAAAAGAAACAAUAUAAAAAUACAUUAGUUAUAAGAUGCUUUUGUAUCUAUAAGUGUUUGUAACAAACAACCAAAAGAUUAUUCUUUAUGUUAGGAAUUGGUAGCUAUAUAUGAUUUAUGAUUGGUACUUUGGUAGUAUAAUUUAAAAUAAUCAAGAAAUGCUCCUCAAACUCCAUAGAGAAUAUAAUGCUACAUUUUAUAUCGCGGUAAUUUUUGUUAAUUGAGUUGAGACUUGAGAGACUAAUACAAAAAUUAUAAAUUUUAUAGAUGAUAUAAAUGACAUAUAAAUAGAUUGAUGAGAUUUAAUAAAAGUGAUAGGAUCCUUACGCAAAAAGAAAAUAUAACAAUUUGAAUGGAUUGGAUUUUAAACAGACCGUUCGUUACAAAAAUCAAACGUGAUAAAAACAGGCUUUCUACGAGCCGUAAACGGAUCUUUAUUAUUGUUAUUAAUCUUUUCUUUAAUUAUGAUACAUUACUAUAAAUUUAAAAUCUUCAAUACAAUCUAAUAUUAGGUCUUGUUUUAUUGGAAUGUGUGUUACUAUUCCUCAAGAAAAAUCUAAAUUUAAUUCUUACUAGCUCAGUAUGUUCAUCAUUUUUCUCGACUUACCAUGUUAACCAUUAAACUAAUUUACUCAUAGUCAUACAUGCAACUUAAAUGACAUAUGCCCCAUAAAGCAAGCAAUCAUUAAAACCCCAUUUUAUACUCUAAUUAUAAAAUAAAAAAAUACUUCUGAAAAUAAAAAUAAAAACAAUUUCAACAAACAUUUAACUUAAACAAUGUAGGGUACGUUACUUCCUCAAAGUAGUACUUACAUGAUUGCCAUGAAGUUGACUUAAUUAUACAAAUUUUCAUAACAUCUAUCUAUAAUAUAUAAACAUUCUUCUAUUUUCUUCUUGUAAAAUUCUUCUUCAUAUUCCAUUUUCCUAAUUUUGAUGCUCAAAUAAAAUAAAAUUUCAUCAUUUUGUGAUUUAAUGGAUUGCUCAAUUUGCACUACAAUGCCUUUCAUUCUAAGACCUCCAAGAAAUACAAUUUGUGCAGCUUGUUAUGAAGGAGCUAGAAGCUUAAUCUCAUUGAUUAACAAAUUCGAUGGCGAUAUUAAUAAUAAUAACAAUAAUAAUCAUAAAUGUAAUGAGAAAUCAGGAGGAAACAAUGUCAUUACUUCAUCGAAUUCGUCUUGUAAGGGUUUUGGCAAUGUACUUAAAUGGGUUAAGGAAAUGAAGGAUAUAGAAGAGGAACUAAAUGAUAAACUCAAGUUUCUAGGUGAAUUUGAAGCAGCUUUCAGAGAUGAGAUUCAUACUGAUAUCCUUGUUAAGCCUGGCAACAAUGGACCUCCUAUCCCUGCUCAUAGAGCUUUGUUGGCAGCAAAAUCAGAGAUCUUUAGAAACAUGUUAGAUUCAGAUGGAUGCAAAGAAGCACCAAAUGAAGCCAUAACAUUACCAGAACUAAACCAUGAAGAGCUUGAAUCCCUCCUUAUGUUCCUCUACAAUGGAAGCUUACCCAUUGACAAGGUUGAAAAGCAUGUUUAUUCAUUAUCAGUAGCAGCUGAUAAAUACAACAUUACUUUCCUACAAAAGUUUUGUGAAAGACAAAUGCUGAAUUCUCUUAGUUCAUCUAAUGCUCUUGAUAUCUUAGAGAUUUCAGAUGUUUGUUCUAACUUAUCUUUAAAGGAUACUUCUUUGAAUUUUAUUGUCAAAAAUAUGGAGGAUAUUGUUUUUUCGCCUAAGUUUGAAGCUUUUUCUUUGAAGAAUCCUCAUUUGAGUGUGCAAAUUACUAGGGCUUCUUUGAUGGAUCUUAAAAAUAGGAGAAAUCCAAUGUAAACAAAAAGAAAUUGAAUUAAAUGAGAC